AUGAUCCUGCCUUGGGAACCCUGGUCCUGUCCUGGGGCCCUGGCCCUGUCCUGGAGUCCUGGUCCUGUCCUGGAGCUCUGGUCUUGUCUUGGGAGCCUUGGUCCUGUCCUGGAGCCCUGGUCUUGUCCUGGGAGCCUUGGUCCUUCCUGGAGUCCUGGUCUUAUCCUGGAGGCCUGUUUCUGUCCUGGGAGCCAUGAUCCUGCCUUGGGAACCCUGGUCCUGUCCUGGGGCCCUGGCCCUGUCCUGGAGUCCUGGUCCUGUCCUGGAGCUCUGGUCUUGUCUUGGGAGCCUUGGUCCUGUCCUGGAGCCCUGGUCUUGUCCUGGGAGCCUUGGUCCUGUCCUGGAGCCCUGGUUCUGUCCUGGGAACCUUGGUCCUGUCCUGGAGCCCUGGUCCUGUCCUGGAACCCUGGUCCUAUCGUGGAGCCCUGGUUCUGUCCUGGGAAACUUGGUCCUGUCCUGGAGCCCUGGUCCUGUCCUGGAGCCCUGGUUCUGUCCUGGGAACCUUGGUCCUGUCCUGGAGCCCUGGUCCUAUCCUGGGGCCCUGGUCCUGUCGUGGAGCCCUGGUUCUGUCCUGGGAACCUUGGUCCUGUCCUGGAGCCCUGCUCCUGUCCUGGAGCCCUGCUCCUGUCCUGGAGCCCUGGUCCUGUCCUGGAGCCCUGGUUCUGUCCUGGGAACCUUGGUCCUGUCCUGGAGCCCUGCUCCUGUCCUGAAGCCCUGGUUCUGUCCUGGGAACCUUGGUCCUGUCCUGGAGCCCUGCUCCUGUCCUGGAGCCCUGGUCAGUCCUGGGUGCCUUGGUCCUGUCCUGGAGCCCUGGUCCUGUCCUGGGAGCCUUGGUCUUGUCCUGGAGCCCUGGUUCUGUCCUGGGAACCUUGGUCCUGUCUUGGAGUCCUGGUCCUAUCCUGGAGGCCUAUUUCUGUCCUGGGAGCCCUGAUCCUACCUUGGGAACCCUGGUCCUGUCCUGGAGCCCUGGUCCUGUCCAGGAUCCCUGGUCCUGUCUUGGAGUCCUGGUCCUGUCCUAGAGCCCUGGUUCUGUCCUGGGAGACUUGGUCCUGUCCUGGAGCUCUGGUCCUGUCCUGGAGCCCUGGUCUUGUCUUGGGAGCCUUGGUCCUGUCCUGGAGGCCUGUUUCUGUCCUGGGAGCCCUGAUCCUACCUUGGGAACCCUGGUCCUGUCCUGGAGCCCUGGUCCUGUCCUGGAGCCUUGGUCCUGUCCUUGAGCCCUGCUCCUGUCCUGGAGCCCUGGUCAGUCCUGGAGUCCUGGUCCUAUCCUGGAAGCCCAUUUCUGUCCUGGGAGCCCUGAUCCUACCUUGGGAACCCUGGUCCUGUCCUGGGAACCAUGAUCCUAUCCUGGAAAGCCUGGUUCUCUCCUGGAGCCCUGGUCCUAUCCUGGAUCCUGGUCCUAUUCUGGGAGCCCUGGUCCCAUCCUGGGACCCUGGUCCCGUCCUGGGGCCCUAG